AUGGAAACUUCAACACUAGACACAUCAAUUUCGUUACCAACAUUCUCCUCGCAUAUCCCAUAUUCACUUCCUGUUUCCACCAUAUCACCAACUUAUUCCACCAUAAUGCAUGAACCCAUUACUACUCUCUUUUAUUCACAAUCCAUAGAAGUUGAGAGAAUAGUUCAAGACGAUGAACCAAAUGAUGAUGACAUCAUGAUUUCUUUUGCUGAUUUGCAAUUCGAUCUAGAGGAGUAUAAUAUUCCUGAUAACAUGAUAAUGUUAGGUAAACAAUUCAAGAUCCUCAACAACAAACUCAAUUCCCUUUUACUGAUCCAAGCACAUACUGGGGGUCGAAAUGUCAUUUUUGGGGUCGAAAUUGAGUACAUGUUAAAGUCUCAGGAGAAUCGUCUUAGAAGUUUGGUGGAAAAUAUUGAAAAGCAACAAGUUGAAAGGUUGGAAGAUCAUGCAAAUCAUUUGAAUACGAGAUUUAAAAUCUUUGUGAUGUUGCUAUGGAGCGUCAUGAACUUUUUGUUGAGCAAGUGA